UCCUGUUGUGUGUCCAAAAGUGCACGUGGAACCGGUGGUACGGUACGGUUCUUGCCUGGCUGACUGAACAUCAACCGGUAGUCGGUGCAGCCGUUUAGCUUUGCUCGCUGGAGUGUGGAAAAUUAUUCUGCUUUUAGAUGGCUGUUUUUGGCUAUACAUAGUACAUGGAGAAAGAGUGAUCUGUCUUGGUGCGCAUAUCAAAGCUGACGGAUGGCAGGCAAAUGAAAUCGAUGGUGAAAACUGUGAUAAUUGGAAAAGUGUGCGAAACUGUGGCAGUAAACAGAUUAAUUAGUGUGUAGGUGUCGCAGUGACGGGGAAAUUACGCUGACCGGACGCUCACGGACAGCAUCGGGGCCCACCGUGACUGUGAUCAUAUUGUGCUCACGAGACAGCGUGAGUUUAUAUUCGAGGUGACACCGGUGAAACAGUUGGAGCCGAGUCAAAAUGGAUACCAGGCAAAGCAGCAGCCGACGUUUGCUGUGCAAAGUGGGAUUAAUUCUGCUGCUCGUUGAAGCAUCACAAUGUCUCCAGAUAACAAACCUGGAUGUACCCCAGUCGUACAAGUUAACCCGGGGGGACGAACCGCCGGAGGAUCUCAUUCUGGACUGCGAGUACGAGCUGAAGGACGAAACUUCGAAGGGAUUCGUGCUCAAGUGGAAGCACAACAACUUACCGAUCUAUCAGUGGAUUCCGUCUAAGAAACCAGUUGCUCUCACAACCUUCAAAGGUCACGUCGACCUGGACUAUUCGGUGUCGGAUGAUCGUUUGCACAAGUACCGUGCCUUGAAGCUGGUUAAUCCGGUUGCGAACUUCACCGGUAACUACAGCUGUUCCGUGCAGACAUUCCUGGAAAAUGAAGUUAAAACUGCACACAUGCAGAUCAUAGUACCGGAGACGGAGUUCAACUUGACGUAUAAUCAAGAAAGCAACGGCAGCACGGUAGUGUCCUGCGCGGUUAGUGACAUCUUCCCGAAGCCAGAGUUAUCGCUGUUUAUCGAUGAUUCGGAAAUCAAAGACACUGUGGUGUCCGAAAACCCAGAGAAUGGCUCUUACGAUGUGGUUCUGCAACACGUUUUAAGCGAUGACUCAAAGGACGCCACAAUCCACUGUCAGCUGUCGAUACCGGGGACCAAUUAUACUAGAAAGCGGGAGAAAAUGUACUACGGAUCUGCCUUCCGAUUUAAUAUAUCGAUCUUACAAGCUCUGAUGUACGCACUGUUUGCAGCGCUAGCAUCCAGCACGGUUAGAUUCUAACAUCGCGACCCUAGUGUUGUGAAACGGGCCAAAGAUUCACCAAUAUACAGAAUUAGACGUGUAGGGAACGAACGUUUAAACGCGAGAACGAUAUUUAUUCGGUAUUAAUGAGCUACCAGUGUCUUAUUAGCAGUUCUUAAAAAUAGUCCAAAUGAUUUCAACGUUAGUCUCUAAGCAUAAUCGUGGAAACGACGUAUUAUGACGCUUAAAUCUGUAGUCGGUCUGUGAAACCGGAAUACCACAAAUGUAAAUUAUGAUAGGCCAUUUUCCGUUCUACAUGAAAUUUUUAGUCUUCCAGUCGUAGCGAGUUUCACGUUAAAAACGAAUUACUGUACAACUAAUAUUUUUCGACUAGCGACGGUUACGCACGUCACUCUCUUAGUUGCCUGAUUAUUCGCACACAAGUUAUGUUACUGUUUUUUGUUCUGUUCGAGUCAAAUAUUUCGUGAAAGAGUAUGUUGUAAAUAAUUGUUUGUAUGAAUUGAAUAACUUAAGCUACUAACAAUCAUUUUCCUGUUUUUUUGUUUAAAAACAUGUACAAUGAAAAAUGAGUCUCCGUAGAAAGCGCUGAUUUGAGCCCGAACCAAACGAUUAGAUAAUAAAUAUUUAUUUACUGAA